AUGUCCGAUAUCGUUGGGGCGAUCGUCGGCAGUGACUAUAUGCCAAAACAUAAAUCCAAUUGUUUCAGCUGCGCCUCGUUCGCCUAUUUACCCCUAUGGAAUCAGCUUAUGCAUCAUUACUUUCCACCAAAAAAUUUCACCGAUCGCUGUUGGCAACCAGACACAGGUAUCGGUACCGUACCGUGCACAUCGGCCUGUUUCACGCUUGUCGAGCGUAUCGAUCAGCAGGAUUGUGAGUUUUUGCUGAUAAUCACUUAUGAAACAUGCUUAUAG